AACACCUUCAGGACCAACCAUGCUCCGUCUAGUUCUGCUGCUGUUGCUGGCUGCAGGUUCCUGUGUCAAGUGUGAACAGCUGACCCAGCCGCCGUCUGUGACUCUGCAGCCUGGUCAGAGUCUGAGCAUCGACUGUCAGGUGUCUUAUGAUGUGGGCAGCUACUUCACAGCGUGGGUCAGGCAGACCGCUGGGAGAGGACUGGAGUGGAUUGGGAGCGCAUAUACGGGCAGCUCUUACUACCAGGACUCACUGAGGAACAAGUUCAGUAUUGAAGUAAAGCGCUCCAGCAAAACAGUGACUCUAAAAGGGCAAAACAUGCAGCCUGGAGACACUGCAGUGUAUUACUGUGCCAGACACACACAAUCAAGAUACUACUUUGACUACUGGGGAAAAGGAACGCAAGUGACAGUCACGUCUGGUACACCAGUCCCCCCCACCGUCUUUCCCCUGAUGCAGUGUGGCUCCGGAGCGGCAGACAUGGUCACUCUCGGCUGCCUGGCCACAGGUUUCAAACCCCUUCCGCUGACCUUCGCAUGGAGCAAAGACGGGGCCGCCUUGUCUGACUUUAUUCAGUAUCCUCCGGUGGAGAAGGACAACCUUUACAUGGGAGUCAGUCAGAUCCGAGUGAGGACAGCCGACUGGGACAGCAAAACGAAAUUCCAAUGUGUUGCCAAACAUCUGAGCAACAACGUUGCCGUUGUUAUCGCCAAACCAGAAGAGAGGAUUGUGUCUCCAAACAUGACAUUGUAUCCACUGUGGGAGGGCAACUUUGGAGCCUCCUCUGUCAAACUAAGGUGCACCUUAAGUGGCUUCUUCCCGGACACACUGAGUGUCGCGUGGCAACAGGGAAACCGUAUCGUAGAGGCCGUGCAGACCAUAAGCAAGUUUCAGAGUGUGACGGCAGACGGCGAAACCUUCAGUCGAAUCAGUGAGAUCAGGCCGAACAUAAAAGAAUGGACGAGCGGCUCAAGUUUUACCUGCAAGGCCACUCACAACAACGUGGAAGAGGAAAAGUCAAUCAGCAUUUGUGAAACACAGGCAAGCGCCCCUCCUUCCAUUCGUGUGGAGCUCCCCAGCUUCAAGGCGGUCAUGAUGGAAGCAUCUGAAGUGAAAGCCACGUGUUUGGUGCACACUGCGUUUGACGCUGUUGUUACGUGGCUGGUGGAGGGCAAAGCGGCCACACACCCGGUGAGCCGGUACGCUGACGCAUCUCUCAUCAUCAGCAAUAUGACAGUUUCUCCUGAUGCGUGGAAACGAAUCAAGAUUCUCAAAUGUAAAGCGCAGCAUCGCUGCUUCCCAGACCUUGAGGAGACCGUACAUGUGUCAGGAUCUGCAGUCAGCGCUCCAGUGGUGGAGAUGAGACGAUCUCUUGCAGAUUUGCGGGAGAAAAACAGCGCUGUGUUUGUGUGUGAUGUCACGCGACUGGACGCCAUCGACCUCUACGUCACCUUUCAGGCAGACGGAGUUGAUAUUUCUGACAAACAGUUUUUUGAUCUUCCUGAAGCCCCGGGCCCACAUUCCAUCAGUCCACGUUUCAGUUUGCGUGAGUACUACAGGAAAGACACCAGUUUAAGCUGCAAAGUGAACCAAGGAUUCACCAGCAGCUACCAGUCCCAGCCCGUCCGCGGCGUUUUUGUGGACCCGUCGGUGGAGCUCUUUCUGGCCCCCAGUGAAGAAUCAACACCUCAGAGGCUGCUGUGCUCUGGAUGGGGAUUUAACCCUCAAAUUACAUGGUCCAGCGAGUCUCAGCUGAGAGCACCAUCAAUUACUAGCGUCAGCAUGAGCGCGGAUGGACGCGUGGCUGUGACCAGUCAACUACACAUCCCCCCAACAGAGUGGCAAAGUGGGAAGGUCUUUGCUUGUCAACUGUCUGACCGCUGGCUCAAUAAAAACGUCAGUGAGACAAUCAGCAUCUGCUCAGUAACCCCAUCAUCAUCCCAAAUAGUUGGAGUGUUUGUUCACGGUCAACCACUAACGGAGACUCAGCAGAGGGAUCAGGUGACCAUCAUUUGUCUUUUGGUUGGCCCUCGUCUGCAUGAUUUUGUCAUCUCCUGGAAAGUAGAUGGGAAGGAAUACUCCGAGAAUUCCUACAUGGAGGAGCCGACUCGUCACAGCAAUGGUACAGAGACCUUACGGAGCUUCCUCAGUGUGUCGUCAGAGGACUGGGAUGCAUAUAAACAAGUGUCUUGUGAGGGAAAACACAAGUGUUCCAAACACGGCUAUAAGGACUACAUGAGCAAAAGCAGAGACCUGUAUCCACCAACGGUGCAGAUAAUACCACCUACUGUCUCAGAGCUGUCAGCGUCUGAUGGGCUGACUCUGACUUGCCUAGUUUCUGGAUAUUUCCCCGGUAACAUAAUAGUAUACUGGGAGAAAGACGGUCAAAGACUCCCAUCGCUUGCCUACACCAACAGCCCUUCAUGGAAAUACAGCAGCAGCAACACGUUUUCAAUGAACAGCAGAAUAAACGUGUCCAAAACAGCGGAGCCGGGAACACGCUUUUCUUGCACCGUCAGACAUGAGUCAUCUCAAAGUCCUUUCACAAGCACUAUAGAGGAUGUGUUUGCCGCAGUGACUCCUUCCCAGCCGUCUGCCAUCUUGCUCCGGGGUUCCGGUGAACUUGUGUGUCUGGUGUUCGGCUUCAGCCCCCCGUCCGUUAACGUCUCCUGGCUUCUGGAUGACACCGUCGAGCUGACAGACUUCAACACCAGUCGGCCCAGUAGAGGCCCAGAUGGAAAGUUCAGCAUCCAAAGCCGCCUUCGUCUGUCUCAAGUCAGCUUGUUACCUGGAGCGCUCCACACCUGCAGGGUGACACAUGCAACCGUCACGCUGACCUUGAAUUUAACCAACCCAGUGAUUUUGCCGGAUUGUAAUGUCUUGGAUGACAUUGCUCAUGCAGUUGUUCACCAAGACAUCAACGUGGAAAGCUGGUAUAUGUCCGUCACAUUCCUUAUUCUUUUUCUCCUCUCCACCAUCUAUGGUGUUGUGGCCACGCUGCUUAAGGUGAGAUACAGGAAAAUAUCCUUAUUUUAUCAUAUUUUUGCACAUGAUUAGAUGUUUAGCCUUUCUUUUUUUCCUCCUUUAGACUAAAUAAUUCUGACAGCUUCCGAGUGGAUGUUCUAGUCAACUA